AUUUUGAAACACUACCAAAGAGUUAAUAUAAAAAUUUUAGUCAUCUAACCUAAAAGAUGAGGUGUCAUUAUGAAGUUUUGGAAGUGUCUAGAGAUGCAGACGAAUCUGAAAUAAAGACAGCUUAUAGAAAAUUAGCAUUAAAGUGGCAUCCUGAUAAGAAUCUAGAAAAUUCAGAGAAUGCUAAAGAGCAGUUUCAAAUUGUUCAACAAGCAUAUGAAGUACUAAGUGAUAGACAAGAAAGGGCAUGGUAUGACAACCACAGAGAACAAAUAUUAAGGGGUGCUAAUUCGGAAUUUGAGGAUAAAAGUCUUGAUGUAUUUCAAUAUUUUACUGCAACUUGCUUCCAAGGAUACGAAGAUGGUGAAAAUGGAUUCUACAGUAUUUAUAGAAAUGUCUUUGAAAAAUUGGCAAAAGAAGAUAUGGAUUUUAUGGAAGAUAAGGAAGAAUUUUGUGAAAUCCCAAGUUUUGGUAAUUCGGUAACUAGCUACGAAAAAGUUUCAGAAUUUUAUGCUUAUUGGCUUAAUUAUUCAACAAAGAAAUCAUAUGUUUGGUUAGAUCCUUAUGAUAUAAAAGAUAUUAGAGAUAGAAGGUACCUAAAAAUGGUAGAGAAGGAAAAUAAAAAAAUAAGACAAAAAGCAAAAAAAGAACGAAAUGAAGAAGUUAGAAACUUGGUAGCUUUUGUGAGAAAACGAGACAGAAGAGUACAAGCACAGAAAAAGGUUCAAGAACAAAAAUUGUUGGAAGAUAAGAAAAAAAGAGAAUCAUUAAGUAAACAGAAGAGAUUAGAAAGACAAGAAGAAUUUAAAAAUAUAGCUGAUCAGCCCGAGUGGGCUAAAUUUGAUAAUGUUAAAUCUGAACUUAAAGAAAUAGAAAAAAAUUUAGCAGAGCAAUUUGGUGAAGAAUUAUCCAAUUCUGAAGAGGACGAAGAUGAGGAAGACGAUACUAAUGACUUAUAUUGUGUAGCUUGUUCAAAACUGUUUAGAACACCUAAGGCCUUUGAAAAUCAUGAAAGCAGUAAAAAGCACAAAGAAAAUAUUGAGAUACUGAAGGAAGCUAUGCUCGAAGAAGAAAUUGAAUCAGAGUAUUUGGAUUUGGAAGAAAACAGUGAUAUUUUAGAUGAAUCGAUCGAUGAAUCAAGUGAAGUAUUAUCAGAUGCAGACUCUGUAGAUGAUAUUGGAAAGAAUAAAAAAAAGAAAAAAAGGCAAUGUCUUAUUGCAUCAACAGAACCAGAAGAAGAUAAACCUAUUCAUUUAGAGAUUCCCUCUGAUGACAAUUUUGACUUUUCUACAAGUAAAAAAGAAAAAAAGAAAAAUAAAAAGUGCCCAAAAACUAAAAACAAUGAUCUCAAUGAAACUAAUAAAAAAAUUGAAUUGAAUAUAGAAGAAUUGGAAAAUUCAAAUGUUAAAAAGAAGAAAGAUAAAAAAAAGAAAAAAGAAAAGCCUACCAGUAAUAACGAGAUCCAAGAAGUAGAUACAGACCAUAAUUGUGUAACCUGCAAAUCAAAUUUUCCUUCCAAAAAUAAAUUGUUUGAUCAUCUAAAAAAAACAGGUCAUGGUGUUUAUCUUCCUCAUAAUGUGAAAAACAAAACUAAGAAGGAUCAUCUUAAAAAAUUAUAAUUAUAAAUCUAAUAAAAUUGAUAUAUUUAUUUUUUUGUUUGUAAAUAGUAAUUUCAUAAUUGAACAUAGUCAUUAAAAAUAUUAUCAGAUAAAAGACCUUUAAUUUCAAACCGCAAAUGUAUUCAUUUUUUAAAAUGAUUAUAAUGAUACCUGAACAAUUAAUUUAAGAACUUUUUUAACAGGCUUCAAAAAAGGAGGAGGUUAGGUCAGAAUAUAUUUUUUUUUCAUGUAUGUUCAGGGAUAAUUUUCUACAAUAUUCAAUUUUUAUUAUUAGAAAGGGGGUACCUUAGGGAUGGUCCCAUAAUACUAAUUUGGUCCAAAUCUAUUAAUGGCGUCGAAGAAAUUGUAUGUUCAAUGAUAAUUCUUUUUGUUAGCAAGGGGCAGACCUGGGACCAUUACUAAAAAAAUCUGAUGUGUCCAACACAUGACUUUCCUAUCUAGUUAUUAUAGGCUUUUUCCGCUUAUUUUGUACAACCUAUUGCAGCACCUCUAUAAAUAUUUAGAGGAUAAACUAAAUAUAUACAUAUUCCUCGAAACAUUUUUCUAUAUUCAUUGAAAACGAAAAUACUGAAAAAUUUAAAUUUAGCACUCUUCCUCCAAUUUUUCCAUUACGGUCCAUUUUAGAAAAACCAUAUAUAAACAAAAAUUAUAGAGAUCGAUAUCGCAAAUAACUUUUAGUUCAAUAAUUUUCAUAAAAUUCAGAAUUUUGCACAUUUUGUCAAAUUUCUCGAAUACGGACCAUUUCAGGAAAUUUUUACAUAAAGCAAAAAUUAUAGAUAAUAAUAUUAGAAAUAACUUUUAUUUGAACAAUUUUCUUCUCCAAACAAAUAACAGACAUUCCAUAAAAUAUAAAAACUGCCUCCCAUAAAGUACCCCCCUAGAUGUUCCAACUUAGUCCAAAAUAUAAUCAUUUCACG